CGACGCACUCUCAUUCCGUCGUCAGCUUUCGAUCGAGUUACUGUCACCAUGCCGCCCAAAGCCAGUGGUAAAGCCGUCAAGAAGGCCGGUAAGGCCCAGAAGAAUAUUACGAAGACUGACAAGAAGAAGAAGCGCAAGAGGAAGGAGAGCUACGCUAUCUACAUCUACAAAGUAUUGAAACAAGUCCACCCUGAUACUGGAGUUUCCAGCAAGGCGAUGAGCAUCAUGAACAGCUUCGUCAAUGACAUUUUCGAACGUAUUGCUGCUGAAGCCUCUCGUCUCGCUCAUUACAACAAGCGAUCAACGAUCACGUCUCGGGAAAUUCAGACCGCUGUCCGACUCCUGUUGCCUGGUGAACUUGCCAAACACGCUGUCAGUGAAGGCACCAAAGCCGUCACCAAAUAUACCAGCUCUAAGUAAAUGACUUUUGAAAACACCAAACGGCCCUUUUUAGGGCCAACAAAAA